ACAAAGCCGCGGGAGCCGUCUUCGGCGGCGGCCCGAUGCUCCGGGGCUCGGGGACGAGCGCGGUCGGUCGGGCGAGGUUCCGGGGCCCGCGGGAGCAGCCCGCAGGGCCACCGCGAGCGCGUCCUCACGUCCCAAGAUGGCUUCGGGGUCCCCCGUGGCUGCCCAGACGCCCCGCUAGCCCGCAGCGCUCGAUUCUGGCGGCUGAUGGUACCUGGCCUGGUCCUAUCCUCUCCUGUCGCUCCCUUUCCUCUCAGCUUCCCAUCUCUGCUCCGAGGUGCGGGUCCCCGGCGCGGUGGGGCAGGAGGCGGCGGGGCGCUCCCUCCGGCCGGAUAGUGGAGUCUCGCUCUCAGUCAAAAUCUCCAACGGGAACUCCUGCUCGCGUAAAAUCAGAGAGCAGGUCAGGAUCUCGUAGUCCAUCACGGGUUUCCAAACAUUCUGAAUCCCAUUCUCGAUCAAGAUCAAAAUCCAGGUCAAGGUCAAGGAGACAUUCUCAUAGACGCUACAGUCGGUCCAGGUCCCACUCUCAUAGGAGACGAUCUCGAAGUAGAUCCUAUACGCCAGAGUAUCGUCGACGAAGAAGCCGGAGUCAUUCUCCAAUGUCUAAUCGCAGAAGACAUACAGGCAGCAGGGCGAAUCCAGAUCCCAAUACUUGCCUGGGAGUGUUUGGCCUCAGUUUGUACACAACAGAAAGAGAUCUUCGUGAAGUAUUUUCUCGAUAUGGACCGUUGAGUGGUGUCAAUGUAGUUUAUGAUCAGCGAACUGGCAGGUCACGUGGAUUUGCUUUUGUGUAUUUUGAGAGGAUAGAUGACUCUAAGGAGGCUAUGGAAAGAGCAAAUGGAAUGGAGCUGGAUGGUAGAAGAAUUCGUGUGGAUUAUUCUAUAACCAAGAGAGCUCACACACCUACACCAGGCAUUUACAUGGGCAGACCAACUCAUAGUGGUGGUGGAGGUGGUGGAGGAGGAGGAGGUGGCGGAGGCGGCGGUGGUGGUAGACGACGAGAUUCUUACUAUGAUAGAGGAUAUGAUCGAGGCUAUGACAGAUACGAAGAUUACGAUUACCGGUACAGAAGAAGGUCGCCUUCUCCUUAUUACAGUCGGUAUAGAUCACGGUCAAGAUCUCGUUCCUAUAGCCCAAGACGCUAUUGAUAAUGAUAAUGGAGUGGUUGUGGCUAAGGACUCUUUCCCUCCUUUUUCUUUUUGAUUCUGGAUUUCCAAGCUUAUGCUUCCUAGUCCU